CCAGCAAGGUUAUGGCCCGAAGUGGUGCAGGGGCGGCGCCCGGGGAAGCGACUGGCAGAGCUGUGCGCACUGGGGGUGCUGCAGGCGCUGGGGAGAGUGUGGAGAGGCUGCGUGGAGCUGCGCGCUCGGGGUGGGGGCUGCACUCCCAAUGAAGCGCGUGAAGGGCAAGCGGUGAUGGGUUCUGCGCCAGUGGGGCUGGGAGCCUGUCCGGGGCUGUACAUGGGGCUGCGCGCAAGGUGAGGGCUGCGCAUGUGGGCUUGGGGCCUGCGCGCACCGGGGGCUGCAGGCGCUUGGGAGGGUGUGGGGGGCUGUGCGUGGGGCUGCCCUCACCGGAAGCUGCACGCUCGGGGAAGCGCAGAGGCGGGGGUGCUGCGCGCGCUGGGGAGCACGUGAGGGGACACUCAGGGACUGCCCGCGCGAAUGGCUUCCAACGCAUGCGCCCCACCCCACAUUUCACAGUCGCCAUGACGACCGGGAGGUCCGCAACGGCUGCGGGGACAAGUCCGUUGAGGCUGCCAGGCGAGUCAGGCCUUUCUGGACCUCGCCUGACUGGGCUGGGCUGUGCCUGAAAUUGACCCAGCUCCACCAUACUCCUUGAUUAUGAGAAAACAAGGAGUAAGCUCAAAGCGGCUGCAAUCUUCCGGCCGCAGCCAGUCUAAGGGGCGGCGCGGGGCCUCCCUCACCCGGGAGCCGGAGGUAGAGGAGGAGGUGGAAAAGUCGGCCCUAGGCGGCGGGAAACUGCCAAGGGGCGCCUGGAGGUCCUCCCCGGGGAGGAUCCAAAGUCUGAAAGAGCGAAAAGGCUUGGAGCUAGAGGUGGUGGCCAAGACCCUUCUUCUCGGCCCCUUCCAGUUCGUCCGUAAUUCCCUGGCGCAGCUCCGGGAAAAGGUGCAGGAACUGCAGGCGCGGCGGUUCUCCCGCAGAACCACUCUCGGCAUCGCCGUCUUUGUGGCAAUUUUACAUUGGUUACAUUUAGUAACACUUUUUGAAAACGAUCGUCAUUUCUCUCACCUGUCAUCUUUGGAACGGGAGAUGACUUUUCGCACUGAAAUGGGACUUUAUUAUUCAUACUUCAAGACCAUUAUUGAAGCACCUUCAUUUUUGGAAGGACUGUGGAUGAUUAUUAAUGACAGGCUUACUGAAUAUCCUCUUGUAAUUAAUGCAAUAAAACGCUUCCAUCUUUAUCCAGAGGUAAUCAUAGCCUCCUGGUAUUGCACAUUCAUGGGAAUAAUGAAUUUAUUUGGACUAGAAACUAAGACCUGCUGGAAUGUCACCAGAAUAGAACCUCUUAAUGAAGUUCAAAGCUGUGAAGGAUUGGGAGAUCCUGCUUGCUUUUAUGUUGGUGUAAUCUUUAUUUUAAAUGGGCUAAUGAUGGGAUUGUUCUUCAUGUAUGGAGCAUACCUGAGUGGGACUCAACUGGGAGGUCUUAUUACAGUACUGUGCUUCUUUUUCAACCAUGGAGAGGCCACUCGUGUGAUGUGGACACCACCUCUCCGUGAAAGUUUUUCCUAUCCUUUCCUUGUACUUCAGAUGUGUAUUUUAACUUUGAUUCUCAGGACCUCAAGCAAUGAUAGAAGGCCCUUCAUUGCACUCUGUCUUUCCAAUGUUGCUUUUAUGCUUCCCUGGCAAUUUGCUCAGUUUAUACUUUUUACACAGAUAGCAUCAUUAUUUCCCAUGUAUGUUGUGGGAUACAUUGAACCAAGCAAAUUUCAGAAGAUCAUUUAUAUGAACAUGAUUUCAGUUACCCUUAGUUUCAUUUUGAUGUUUGGAAAUUCAAUAUACUUAUCUUCUUAUUAUUCUUCAUCUUUGUUAAUGACGUGGGCAAUAAUUCUAAAGAGAAAUGAAAUUCAAAAACUAGGAGUAUCUAAACUCAACUUGUGGCUAAUUCAAGGUAGUGCCUGGUGGUGUGGAACAAUCAUUUUGAAAUUUCUGACAUCUAAAAUCUUAGGCGUUUCAGACCACGUUCGCCUGAGUGAUCUUAUAGCAGCCAGAAUCUUAAGGUAUACAGAUUUUGAUACUUUAAUAUACACCUGUGCUCCUGAAUUUGACUUCAUGGAAAAAGCGACUCCGCUGAGAUACACAAAGACAUUAUUGCUUCCAGUUGUUAUGGUGAUUACAUGUUUUAUCUUUAAAAAGACUGUUCGUGAUAUUUCGUAUGUUUUACCUACAAACAUUUAUCUAAGAAAACAGCUCCUUGAACACAGUGAGCUGGCUUUUCACACAUUGCAGUUGUUAGUGUUUACUGCCCUUGCCAUUUUAAUUAUGAGGCUAAAGAUGUUUUUGACACCGCACAUGUGUGUUAUGGCUUCCUUGAUAUGCUCUCGACAGCUCUUUGGCUGGCUUUUUCGCAGAGUUCGUUUUGAGAAGGUUAUCUUUGGCAUUCUAACAGUGAUGUCAAUACAAGGUUAUGCAAACCUCCGUAAUCAAUGGAGCAUAAUAGGAGAAUUUAAUAAUUUGCCUCAGGAAGAACUUUUACAGUGGAUCAAAUACAGUACCACAUCAGAUGCUGUCUUCGCAGGUGCCAUGCCUACAAUGGCAAGCAUCAAGCUGUCUACACUUCAUCCCAUUGUGAAUCAUCCACAUUACGAAGAUGCAGACUUGAGGGCUCGGACAAAAAUAGUUUAUUCUACAUAUAGUCGAAAAUCUGCCAAAGAAGUAAGAGAUAAAUUGUUGGAGUUACAUGUGAAUUAUUAUGUUUUAGAAGAGGCAUGGUGUGUUGUGAGAACUAAGCCUGGUUGCAGUAUGCUUGAAAUCUGGGAUGUGGAAGACCCUUCCAAUGCAGCUAACCCUCCCUUAUGUAGCGUCCUGCUCGAAGAUGCCAGGCCUUACUUCACCACAGUAUUUCAGAAUAGUGUGUACAGAGUAUUGAAGGUUAACUGAGAAGGAUACUACCCAUUAUACUAUGGCACAAUGCCGUGUGUCAAAAACAAUCACCCUUUGGCUUAUUCACAUUAAUAAAAAUCACAAGCUUUAAUAACAGACACCUAAAAAUAAGAUAAAAAUGGAUUGGAAAUUUUUCUGAUUACUAAAAGGUAAAUUACUUUUCUGUUCAUUGAAUGUCAGCCUUAUUAAGCUUGUCAUAUAAGUUAUUAAAUCAUUCAUGUCAUACUGCAUAAACAAAUGUUCAUUUCAGAAUUUUAAAGAGAAAUGUAUAUAAAAGAACAAUGAAUUUUAAUAAAUCAGGGGUACGUAAGUCCUUUUUCAUCCAACUAGGUGAAUUGCUUCAGAUUUUCUCUAGUACCAGAGUGUACCUGCUCAAACUCUUUGAACCACUUAAGGCAGAAGAAUGCAAGCUCUGAAAUGACAUCCUUAAAAUGCUGAUACUGGUCACAGCCUCUUUACCUCUGUGAGGAAAUUGUAACAGUGUGUCUUUUAAGGUGUUUUUAUUUUACCAGCCCUUAAGAAAGAUCUCUAAUACUUUUAAUACUUUUUUUUAUAAUUUCAAGUUGAAGUGUUUUUAAAAACACUUUGUUUUGUAAUGUUUUGAAUCUCUUGAGAUGUAUUUACUCCACUAGAUACAUAUUUGCCACUGGUUAGUUCUCCAUCUAAGCUCAAGAGGUUAUUCAUCUCUCUUUAGAUUCCAGUGGUUUUUCUUUUAACAUCCAGGUAAAAUAGAAACUGCUAUGGUGUACAACCAAGUUUUGGGGUUAAACAUAAUCAGAAAAGAAAAUCCAGUUAAAUUUAUGAAGUGAGAUUUUCAGAUCCUAGAUCUUGAAUAAAGGAAAUGUCUUUUCAUCUUGAUGGCCCCAAAGCUUGUUGGUCAUGGUCUUUAUUUCUGGCCACUGUCUGCUUAAAUAAUAUAUUUUUAAGCCCUCAUUUAUUUUUGGUUUUGGAUGAGGAAAGUCAUGUUUUCUAAGUCCUCUCCCCUAAUAAAACCUGCCCAACAAUAGUGCUUUGAAAAGUGGUAGUUAUCUUGAAGAUAUUCUUGCCAAAUGCAAAGAUAAACAUUCUUUUUGUCUGCUUUAUAAAUAUGAAAUAUGCCAGAUCUAUAGUAUUUUAAUGUGCAUCUACUUUAAAUGAGUCAUCUUGGGGUUUUUAUAAUUCCCUUAUGUUCUUGCCCCUCUACACUUGAAAUAACAAAAUGCCUUAAUUUUAUAGAUUAGUUCUCUUAUAGUAGACAGGCAGCUAUAUGCAGCAAAACCAAUAAAGUUAUUUUUCAACUUUCAUAGUUGUAAAAUAUUUUAUAACAGAAUACAAAACAGCUAAGAAAACAUGCCACAUUUUAUUUUAGCAUUUUCAAAUAAUUUGUUUUUGGUGUAAGCACAGGAUAAAAAAGGAGCGCAUCAAAGAAAAGAGACAUAACACCUAACAUUCAUAAAAAUUAACAAAGUAUAUUUUGGAUGAUGUUUUUACAGGAAAUAUUUUAAAUAAGUUGGUAGAAUUUUUAAAAUGGUACUGUAUUAGCUAAUAAAAUAUUCAGUACAAAUAUAUGUUUGGAUUUAUGCAUUAAAAAACUAAUAAAAUUAUUUCCAACUUU